AUGCAUCCUACGCAAGAGGUCAUCACCGACACCAACAAGUCUCCCUUAAUACAGGUCUUGACAUUGAUGUUUCUCGUCAUCUUCAUCUUGUCAUGUUCUGUCCGCAUAGGAACCAAGGUCCUUAUGACCAAAACCCUGAGUGUCGAUGAUAUUCUUACCAUCGCCGCAACUGCCUUUGCAAUUGGGCAGUCUAUUGCUACGUUCAUAGAGUGUGAUCAUGGACUGGGAAAGCCAGCUAGUAAAAUGGACUCCGGCAAAAUCGACAUAUUCUUCAAGAGCCAAUAUGCGGCCAACACCAUGUUCGUCGCCUCCGUCUUCUGUUGCAAGCUAUCAUGCACAGUUUGUCUCCGGAUGAUAAGCCGAGAAAGCCAGAGAUGGAUUGUUCUUGGCUUUGAGGCCGUCGUUGGCGGGUGGGGAGCUUCUGCACUUAUCAUCAGUCUUUUCCAGUGUGAACUACCUACGCCAUGGAUAUACACCAAUGAUAAAAGAUGUAUCGACCGAACCGCUUUCUGGACUUAUUAUUCCAUCACGAAUAUCACCACGGAUAUUGGUAUCAUUAUUGUCUUUUGCGAAAACGUUCUAAAAAUACAAAUACCAUGGUCUAAAAGAGUUUUUGUUAUGAGCGUUUUUGGCAGUCGAAUCCUAAUAACACCUGCAAUUGCAGUUCAAAUCUACUAUUCCAACAUGGCAUUUGCUUCCACUGAUUUCACCUUCGCGAACUGGGAAGCUGCUAUCGCUUUACAACUGGUCCAGUGCCUCUCCAUUGUCACUGUUUGCAUACCCAGCUUUAGGCCCCUUUUCAACAGCCUGGAAUCCGGCCAGAUCCGUAUUGACGACCUGCGACGACAGGGCAAGUCUGGCAGCAGCAGUUACCCAAGUAAAAGGCCGCAAUAUAGUGGAUAUAGGUCAAGUCAAAUCAGCCCUUUAGGCACCAUAUUACGGACAAUGAGGUCAGCUGAGGAAGCAACUGUGACUGAAUCGCAACUUAGCACGGUACACGAAUUGACUGACUUAUCCAAAAUCAAUCAUAUAAGGACCUAUAAACUGACGACGGAGCAGAAGAGAAGUACUUGGGAUGAGCCAUGCCGCACGAGCCACUCCAGUGAAAUAAUACUCAUCCAGCAAAUAUGA